AUGGGGCUCUCACGCGACCGGUCCGACAAAGAUCUUGAGGCCAACCCCAGGCAUGAAACGAAUCAUGUUGAGCGGGAGUACGAGACGUCGGUCACCGUGAAGUGUAGAUGGCUGGGUCUCUACGCCUUAUCUGGCCUACUCUCCAUCUUCUAUCACCGGCGAAUUGUGGAAUCGUUGCACGGCCCGUGGACUUUCACCGGCAUCCAUGCACUGGUUAUCUUUUGUGUAACGACUCUUCUCCAGGAAGGAGGCUAUCUGCGGCUCUCGAGACUUUCGCUAUGGGGUCACGUCGCUGUCGGCAUGUACUCGAUGCUGUUCAGCGCGAGUAGUGCCAUGUCCUUUCUCUCGGUGCGGGUGUUGCCUUUUACCACCCGGGCGUUCUAUCAGACCAUCUGCAGCACUGCGCCGUUGGUCAUGGUUCUCGCCUAUCGGGUGCGGUACUCACGCAAGUACUCCAUAGCCACGUGGCUGUCGCUGCUAGCCCUCAUCAUGGGCACUAUCCUGGUGAUCAACAAAGAGUACCAAACCUCGGGACUCGGGAUUUUCAUCUCUCUUUUCAACAUGGGUCUCGGAGUAGUGACAAUGAUCGCAACCAAUCGACUCUUGACUGGGCCCCUGGCACUGGCUCCCCUGGAGCUGAUCCACCGCGUGUCACCUUACGCUGCCGUGCAGUCUGUUCUGCUGGCAGUAGUGAACAAGGAGCCCCGGGUCCUGAUCGAUGUACUAUGGCCCCGCGCAGUUGAUCAAUCGCCACAUGCUGUCAUGGCCACGUGCGGGCUUCUCCUUGGCAGUGGGCUGAUCGCCUUGUUGUUUCAUCUAUCCUCCUUCCAUGCCAAUCGGGCCACAGGGGCCCUGACCCUUGCUGUCUGCGGGAACAUCCGACAGACACUCGGCUUAGUUGCCGCGAAUUUUGUCUUUCGAGGGUUUCCCUUGGGGGUGUCGAAUGCAACUGGGACUCUGCUCGUUGCCAUGGGGGUUGCCCUAUACACCAAGACAGAGUUGCUGUCCAGGAAAGCAUCCCCGUCUACUUGA